UGCGCCUGCGCGCCGAGAGGGCGGGGCGGGGGCUGAGUCACCGCGGCCGGCAAAGGUAGCGGCAGCAGCAGCAGGCAGGGCCGCCAGAGCACCCGCCGGCGGUGGCAUGAGGCAUCGGCCAGCGGCGGCGACGACGACGGGCCAGUCCCUGCUGCGACACUGAGCGGUGGCAGCGGCGGCGGCUCCUCCUCGGCCCAGCAGCCCGCCCGGCUCCCCGCGCGCCUCCUCCUCCUCCGCCGCCCGCCGGCACCAUGAUGGAAGAGAUCGACCGCUUCCAAGUGCCCGCCGUGCGAGCCGAGAUGCAGCCCCUGGAUCCAACGGCGGCCUCUAUCUCUGACAGAGACUGUGAUACAAGAGAGGGAGAGACGGUAGCUAUGAAUUACAAACCAUCCCCACUACAAGUGAAACUAGAGAAACAGAGAGAGUUGGCUCGUAAAGGGUCUCUGAAAAAUGGCACCAUGGGCAGCCCAGUUAACCAGCAGCCCAAGAAGAACAAUGUGAUGGCGCGAACAAGACUGGUGGUUCCAAAUAAAGGCUAUUCGUCAUUAGAUCAGAGUCCUGAUGAAAAGCCACUGGUAGCACUGGACACAGACAGUGAUGAUGACUUUGACAUGUCCAGAUACUCCUCUUCAGGAUAUUCCUCAGCUGAGCAGAUCAACCAAGACUUGAACAUCCAGCUGCUCAAAGAUGGGUAUCGGCUAGACGAGAUCCCGGACGACGAGGACCUUGACCUCAUUCCCCCCAAGUCGGUCAACCCCACCUGCAUGUGCUGCCAAGCCACCUCCUCCACUGCCUGCCACAUCCAGUAAGGAGGGAAGCCUGGCAAGGGGCGAUUGUGCUUUCCACUCUAACUGUAAAACUUAACAGCCAUUGCUUCCUCCUAUGGUAGGACAUGCACCUCUUUGUCUUCACGGAGCCAGGAGAAACCAAAAAACAAUAAUUCAUUUUAUGGCCCUCUUCUCAUGUUUUAUUUUAAAACUACAGCAAGGAAACCAUGAGAUGGCAGCUGUGGGCCCUUGGUCUGGAAAAAGCCACUGGAUCUCCCUUGACUUGGGCACAACUUGUAAAAUUCCUAGGCAGGUUUUGAGCAGAACUGGAUGAAGCUGCUGCAGUUAGCCCGGCCUGUCACACUGGAGCUGCAGGAAAUGCUAAGGUCUGUGACUAGAGGCGGGGAUAUAGGGGCGGAAUUCAGUUUGGAGAACCAGUUGCUUCUGGGAUGGCAUGGACUCACCCUGAGCAGGGAGGUGGGAGCAGGAAUGAAGUACAGCAGCUUGCAGAAGGUCUAGUUUGGCUCAGAUGAAUUUAUAUGAAAACCAGGUAUAAGCAACACGAAGGUGAGGGGAAAGUGGCAUUUACAGCAUCCUGCCAAAUAAGCCACACUGAGCAUAAAAUAAUGCAGUGCACAGUCAAAUAGAACAACGUAUCCAAAAGUCCAGCCCAGCCUCUUUGUUCGGCUUUCAGUUUGUGCCCCAGAACCUUGUCUAAGAAAGAAAGCAGUCACAGAUGACGGCUGGGAUUGCAAGGACAUCUAAAGGACAGUUCCCAUGAAUGGGAGUUGAGGAGAAGCAGUUGCAUGGCUCUUGCAGAAGCAACAGGUCUGUGCUUCUGACCCUUUGGUGCCCCCAGAAGAGGGGAGACUGCAGUGGGCUGAACACCACUGCCUGCAUUAGCUGAAGAAGAGACUCUGGCACUCCAGGCAGCACAAGACCUUUUUGGCCCAGCUCCUCGCCUGCCGCAGCCUUGGCUUGCUCAGGGCUUAUCCCAGAGGCUAUCGGGACAGCAGUGUUUGCCCAGAAGCCUCCCCACAUUCAAGAAGGGGGAUCUGAGAAGCUGGCUCUUGACAUCAAGAAGCCCAAACACAUUAGCAGAAGGGUUUUAUUUUUAGCUGUUGAGCGCUCAGGAGCAGCCCCGGGGCUUCUGCAUGUCCCCAAUGCAGAAGCUACUUUUCUGUACCAGAAAAGGCUUUGCCUUUGAGGGAAAGUACCCAUGCUGCUCUUCCGCUUAACAAAGUGCCUGUUUUACUCUCUGACCCCCAUUAGCAUGCCACAGACAAUAACAGACGUAUCUGAGGGGGAAGUGGUACCCAUCAGCUGCCAGCUAGUAAACAUGGUGGUGCUUGCUGUAGCCUCCUCCAAACCUCUCUAGGACCACAGCUUACCAGCCGUAGUGGAGCAAUUAACCGUACUUGGCUGCUGCCCCCUCAUAUUUUUCUUGCGAACUCGGGCUGUGCCAGUCCUUGUCAUAAAGUGGGUGAGUUCUUCAGACAACAAUGACUUGGUAAUAUCCUCCUCUAGAGGGGUCUACCUGGCCAAGCUUCAGAUAUGCCAUUAACGGAAGUGUCCUGCCAUGUUUCUGUCAUUGCCAAGUUUCCUGCUGUGUGUAAGGUCGUCCCCUCUGGGGAAUGCUGUGCUUGUGAAUUGUCACACAUCGAUUAGUCUCCCUCCGUUUAUGAGCACAAAAAGCAGACUGUGGUCUCCCGUCCAGGUGUAAGACAGUGUUGUGGCCUGUGGAGUCCGUUUCUCCCACGCAGGUCAGCCUUGCUUUCUUGUGUAGUGGUCCCUGGGUUUUGUAUCCCAGCAUUGGAUGGGAGGACCUCCAUUGUUCCAGAUGAGCUGAAACUGUGCUUUUCUGCGGUGGGAAACAGGAUUGCCAAAUCAGUGUAUCUGAGAGAAGUGACAAUGGGCCUUGCCUGGCUGCUCUGUUCAGUUCAUCCAGGUGCUGGGGAAGGCACCACAGGGACAGCACCAAGGCCCAGGCAGGCAGUAGCCUGCCAAAAUGAGCUCUAGGUGAUGGACAGAAUCCUAGCAAAGACUAAACCUUUCACUUAACAAACUCUGAACAUGAAGUGAAAUUACCUUAUCAGGAAUAAAACCUAGGCCUUGGGUGAUUGACUUGGGAACAGCAUUCGAAUCCCUUUCGAGAGCUUCUGCCUAGAGAUUAACGGAUCCAUUUUGAGUUGCAUAUACUGCUUCUUUAAGUCAACCCUUAGACAGUCUUGGGCUUGGGCUUUUGCUUUGCUUUGUGGGCCUUAGGGUAUUUCUAGUGAACCCAGUUGUGUAUUAUCUUGCACCAGCCUUUGGGAUUGUGAAAGUACCAUGCUUUGAAGUAAACCAUUUUUCAUAUCUGCUCAUAGAAGAGAUGAGGUUCUAAAUAUUGCACACCUCCAUGCUUACCUGUAAGCUCUCCUAUCUGUCUGUGCUUUCCACAAACUUGGGUAAAACUGCAGGUUUUGCUUCUCUCCUUGUUCUCCAAAGUCCUUGAUGGUGGCACAACAUUCAUGAAAUCAGUGCCGAGACAUAAAAUGGAAAAAGUCUUUUGGCUUCUCCUUGCUCCUAGGCUUCAUGUCUGUCUGUUUUCUGAGGAGGGGAUGGAUACGAGAUUGGGGGAGUGGGGUGGAGGAGAGUGAGUAAUGCGACCUUAUCACCAGGAAAGCGGAAUGUAUUCGUGGAGCCCUACGUGACUGCCACAGGAAGCCUCCCAACCACUCUGCUACACUUCCAUUUCUGAGGGCCGUUCCCCACCUCGCAUGGAGGCAGACUGCAGUGUGCCCCAGUCCAUACCGUCAAGAGGAAGGUGGAGCCAGUCACUGCUCCCUUAGCAGUGUACUUGUGUGAUGCAUGGGAUUGCUUGGGCUCCCACUUUCCAUUUUUUAGGUGUACACAUAUCAUCUUUGGUGCAUGCCUAAAAAAUGUAACGUGCGAACUGGCUGGCCUUUGUAGAGAACAUGAAACUGGAGCUUAGAUCCCGUUCAGGAAGACGUCUGAGAGAGAUGGUUCAGGGGACCUUAGCCUCGUUUUCCUUCCUAGAGCUUCACAUGUCGGUCUUGGUGCUGAGCACUUACCUUUUAGUUUUCACAUCUUGCGGGUGGGGGCGGGGGACCCACACCCCGAGGUUGUGAGGAUGUGCUUGGCAACUCCGUGGCACAAGAAAGAAAGAGGAGGGAAGGGGAAUAUUCUUGGAGGUUUUGAAUGCCUGGAGAAAACCUGAAGCAACUAGAACUCCUCACCCCAAACAGUUCUGUUGGGCAGAGAGCAGCUUGUGCCAAGGAGCUCAUGAUGGCAUCACACAGUGGGAGGGAAGAGCCUGUUCCUCGCCCAUGGCCAGCAUGUCCAUGCAAAUUCCUGCUAGCUUUUAAAUGCCACAAAAGUACGUUAACCUGUAAGCCCACGUUGGUUUCUCUGUCUUGAUGGAUGGCAAGCAUCCACUUUCAUAUUAAUGAGCUUAGAUCGCUGGCUUUUCUGCUCCUGACACACUGCUUGGGUGAAAAUUAGGAAACGUAGCAGCCCCCAGCUUGCUUUCAACAAAAUCCCUUUUCUUAGUCAUCUCAUUCCCUUCUUCCUCCAGGCAGGUUCAGAAGAAUGGAAGCCAACGCUCACCUUAGCCCAGCCCUCAUCAUUGGGUGCACUUUCCCCUCUUCACCGUCUAAAGUCCCCGCCUUUGCUGCUGGGGGAAGUGCUGAGCCUUCCUGCUGCAUAAUGUUGACGGGCCACAGUUUGCAUGCAGUGGAGCUGUGGGCCCUCCUGCUAAGCAUUUAGUCCUCGUUUGUCCUUUUGUCUGGCCUGUGGGUUCAGAAGAGAUACUGCUAGCCUCGUCUGCUGUGUUGGCAGGGGCACUGCUAAUCCACAAAGCCCAGGCUCUGUUGCAGCCAGUUUUCCAUUUUCCCAAAAGGGCAUCUGCCUCCAUGGGAUGAAGUGAGCGGUGUUUCUUGGCCCCUGCCUUUACUUGGACCUUAAGGAAAACCAGAGUGUCUUUCUAUGUAAAUGGAGAGCAGGGGAGAGGGAAAGCGGUUGGUCCCCUACUUCCACAAUUAAGAGGCCAGUGAGAACAAGUUUUGUCUUUUAGUUUUUAAAAAGAAACUAAGUUAGUCAUUUCUAUCUUUUUUUUUUUUAGCAGCCCAACCCCAGGGAGACCAACAGCCAGGCUCUCCUUCCUCCCAGCCCUCCCCCACCAGCGUUGAUUCAGUGGCGAAUGCCUUCGGCUGCCAUACAAAGGCACACAGAGGGGAGGCAGCCCCCCGGCAGCUUGCUGGGCAGCACUGUCUUCCAUGCCGCUCUUUACCAGCUGGCACCAAAAGGGAGGGACACCCUGGCAGCAGCUUCUGUCUCAUGCUGGCUCCUGCUGGGGAAGUGGAGGUGUCCAUUUUCCCAGCAGCACAACGGCUUGUGCACCCAGAGUGAAAAGAGGGCAAGGAAAACCCACAGAUCAGGGAAGGAGCUGAACAGAAUCAUUGUCAAAUUAGCAGGAUCUGGGGAUAGCCAGCAUGAGAGGAUCCUCUGUAUGGAAAUGCCUGCCAUUUCCUCCCUCCCGGGCACAUGACAAACUCUGGCAAGCUAGUCUUUUUCUCUUGGACUUCAGUCUUCUUUCCUGAGCUCUUAUGGGGUGUUUCUUCAUGCCUCGCAAAACUGUGGCUACUUCUGAUGGAGAUCAAAGUAUGCCUUGCUGCAUGUUAACUCUUGGGCUUGGUGUUUCAGACCUCUCCUCCUUUUUGCUUCCCCGCCCCCCACUCUGUUUCUGAGCUCUAAUGGCUUUCAGUAGUGUAUAGACUAUUGAAGGAGGCUUGUCAUUUUCAGCAUGAGAUUCUUGCAAUAGAUACAAAACCUACCAUUCCCUCUGGCUUUGCUGAUUUGGUUUACAGAAUUGAAGAACUGGUACCUUCCAUUUUCAGUUUCCUUUGAACAUGCAACAAGACUGGAAAACCAUGUCCAGGUAGCUCCAUUACACUCAGCGCCUAACUUAGUAGAUGCUCUCCCUUUCUCCUGUGAGUUUGCUUUGUAUUUGGAAUUGCAGGUAGACAUCUCUCAAUUGGAAGCCCUUUACUCUCUUCACUUGUCUUGUGCAAAAAGGCUCUCACCUCUGUGGCAGAGCUGGCCAUGGCAGCUUAGAUGUGUCCAUCAGGAUUGAAUUUGGUCAUCAGAUCAUAGCCCUGACUUCUUGCGUUCUGGAAUCUGUAGCCUUUCACUGAGCCAUUUUUGCAGGUGGGAAGGUCACAGUCCAAAUUCUGUCGUUCUCUGUCAACAUCAGUUUUCAUCAGUUCUUUCCAACCAAAGUGUGGAAUUUGGAAAAUAACAGAAAGCUAUUUGGUGCUGGAAAAUACUUUGCAUCUGUGGGAGAGAGGUGGCAGUGUUGGUGUUUCCAAAGAUAUCUUUAAGGGAAGAUGGAGUUUCAGUUUUACAUCUUACUUGUAAGAUGUAAAUGCUUGGUUAUGCUGAUAGAUGCUUGGCUAUGAUGCAGCUGUUUCCAUAGUGACAAAUUAUGAUCUAAGAGGUAGCCUGACAUCAAGGGAAACGAAGAUUAUGGUGCAGCUCAUUAAAAUUCAUACUGGAAACUGGCACAAAGGCCCAGACGGGGUGGCGCACUCUGAGAGAAAUCCCAUGAGCUUGGCCUCAGACAGGUCUGUCUUGUCCUUGUUACUGUGAAUUUUCCAUCUUUAAAGAGUCUGCAACUGCUGUAGCUCAACCUCUGGGCUUCAUCAGAGCUUUUGUGUCUGUCUUUGGCUCCUCGUGGAAGAGCACGGAGGUUGACUGUCAGUCUGUCGCUCACCUUUUAAUUUCAGAGUUCCCGCUCUUGCCCCAACCCUAGGACCUGGCCAAAGUGACUUGGUGGGGACUGCUGUGCCCCCAUGCUCCCUGCUUCAAAGCAGAUCAGGACUGCACAUCCCCCAAACAGCAGACAAAACACAAAUGCACACAUUGAGACAGGGGGAGCCUUGAGGACUCAAGGGAGAAGAUUGCACUUGCUCCCACACAAGUGGAGAGCCACCAAGGAGACCCAGUACUUGGAUAUGAGAGCAAAGAUGUCUGCGAAACAACUCGAAAAGAGAGCACUUUUUCUUCGUCCCUUGUGAUUGUACUGACAGCCAUUUAGGUUCUGUACAGAUUUAGCUUGGUUGUGCCAAAUUGGAGCUCAUGUGGUUAUGACAGAAAACAGCAUCUUCAACUGCAGUGUUGGAGAAUUCUGCCUAAGCCUUUGGAAGGACUGGGUGUGUUCUCUGAAUGCCCUCCCAAACUCACUCCUAGGGACAUGUUGAAUCUGUGCUAAGCCCCUCUUGCUGUAUGGCCUUGGCCCAAAUGUGACCUGCCCUGGGAAUAUUUGAUCUGGGGCAUGGGAUGGUGGCUUGUCUUAGCUGAUCUUUGUCAUAAUGAGACUUCCUUGGCUUGUAUGUAAUACAUUGACAGUGCUGGCCUCUCUCUGUUCCAGGCUGUUUCCUUCUCCCUUAAGGUUGUGCUUUUCUUCCUGUGUCGUUCUGUUCUCCCCCUUGUUGAAAGGCUUACUGCUAUGGCAACGUCCUUUUCGCAGAAGGAGGGAGCUCGCAUCCGUUUGCCAAGCAGAGCAGACCCAGCCUGGCAUGUGGAGGGAGAAGCCACAGUCUCUGCUCCCCUUCUCACAGGGCCCUGCUGUACCCUGGAGCAAGCGCUGAGACGUGACGGCUGAAUACUGUGUAGAUAUUUGCUAAGCAGGGAGGCCGUUUGUCUGAACAGUCUCUCCCUGUGGCUUUAUGCACAGCAUUAGCAGCUGUCAGCUCUGAGCUGCAUAUCUGAGAAUUCUCUUGAACAGCCCUCCCCCUGCUUCUAGCAAAAUGCUGAGCAAACUGGUUUUCUCUUGUUGUCGUCAUGCCACACUAGGCUAGCGGGAUCUGACACCCUUCCCUUUUCAGGGUAUAUUCAGCCAGAUUUGGAUGCUAGGAUUAGGGCCUUCUGUAGAGCAGUACAGGUUGGGGUCUUUUGUUCCAAAGGGAGCAGUUGAUGCCACAAUCCACAAAGUUUCAAUCCGGUUUGGGCCCAUGUGGAAAAGCUGGCCUCCUGCUGUUAUUGCCCACAGGAGAAGUGGCUUAGAAGGAAGCUGUGGGUGCUCUUGCACGUUUCACUGCUGUUCCCCUCCUUUCCUCGCGGGAAUAGUCUCUCCUCGGCAAGGCAGGACCCCUCGGAUUCUCUUUGACGUUUGAAGCUGCUCUGAAAAGCAGGAGCCAUCUCGCAUGUGGUGGUGUCCUGUGUGCAGAUCUAUGUUGUACAUAGGGAAGAUCAGGGUAGUGGUUAGGGCAGGGGUGGGGGGUGGGGGGGAAAUAUGGGCAACUGUGUCACAGCUCUACAGCUUCCCAACCACUUUUAACCACAAGUGUACGGAGGAUUAGAGGAGGAGUGGGCCAGUGGGGGGGGGGGCGGGGGCGAUGGUCCAAACAGCAGCAAGAGCAGUAAAGGUGUACUCUUAGUUGUUGCCGAUAAACCUUGGUAUCGUGUCCAGUGGUUAGUUCUAGAAUCGCAAGGCUUGUUAAAUCGCACACCUCCAUUAUUCACACCUUGAUUUUCAGAGUUAAUGCCCUCUCCCCACUCCCCAGAGCUAGCAGUGCAAGGGCCUUGGGUCUUUUGCACUGAAAUACGCCCGCCCCCCUCGACACUGUCCUCUUCCCCCUCCGCCACUGCCCCCCUACCCGGCAAGCAGGGCCUGCCAAAACUCUUUGCCCUCUUCCCCAAGCAGCUGCUGCACACGCCCCAAGAGAGGAAGCCCCACAGGAGGGGGGGGCUCUGAGACAUCUCUGGGGCACAGCUAGCAGGUGGCGCGUUGCUCUGUGGCGUCUUCUAGGAGCAUGGCGGCCCAGGUGGUUGGUGCAGGCAGGCCGGUCCUGCUCCCAAGCUGUCUGGAGCAAAUGGAGCUGCAGGCAGCCGUGGUGUGGGCCGCAGCUGGUGGCGGUUGGCUCCCUUGCUCUCCCUCCCUGCCAUACUGUUGUGGGCUGGGGGUUUCUGGCAUCUGGCUGGUAGUCCUCUUCCCCUCCGUUUCUUAAAGGGGCGGUGCAGAAUUCUUUCCAAUGUCUUACCUUCUUUGCCCAUUGGCGCUAGGCACCUUAUUACCGACAGCAAAUUGGUGAGAUCUGCCCCCUCACCUUUUUCUUUUUAAUUUUUGCACACACUGCAGUGCACUUGGGGGAAGUGGAUCUUCCUGCCCACAGAAGUAGCUGGCAGGAAGCAGCUGCUAUUCCUUUUUCAUUUGUGCAGGGCUAGAGAAUCCCUCCCCCCCCCCCCGCUCCCGCUUGCACUAAGAAUCUCCAGCAGGACAUGCUCUGGAUGUGAAGUGGCAGAUGUUACCUGGUGUGUCUCACCUUUAUAUUCUCCUUCCUGGAAAAUGCGCUAGGGUUGGUUGUAUGUAAACUCCUUUGCAGAGUGAGUGGUAUCUUCAGGAGAAAUGAAUUGCCCAGCCAAUAGAUUUAGAGGAGAUACGUUCCCUUGUCUCUCCUUGCUCCCGGUCGGCAAGAUGUCUUAAAUGCCAGCUUUUUGGGAGCCUCACUUCUCAGUAUUGUAUCCUGUGGGGCAGAAAAGGGAACUGGCUGGGCAUGUGCUAAAAUGGGGGUGGCCAAACUGAAGCUCUUGGGUUGUUGGACUACAACUCCCAUCAUCCCUAGGCACAAUAAAUUGUAGCUGAGGAUGAUGGAAAUUGUGGUCCCAACACAGCUUUAGGUUGUCUACCCUUGUGAUCAUAUUAAAGAAGAAGCCCCAUGCCCUGGGAGAAAACAUGGCAUCUGCUUUCAUCUCAAGGCAGGUUUCAAAUUCCCAUCAGUGUCCCAACUCUUGUGUGUGUGGAACAGCCAAAUGGGAGGUGGUGUUCAGCUUGAACAGUGGCUUAACUGGAAUCUGUGUUGAGUUUUGAAGCUUGGCCCUGCUGCCAGGGGACCAUCUGGGACUCCUGCCGCUGCCCUUCUAAUCACACCACACGCAUGGAGUGAAGAGGGAGGGGAAGAUCCUCCUUGUUUUGCUUUGGGCCCACUCCUAGUAGGUCAGCCUCCAUCUUCUUGCAAACGUUGGUCUUAAUUUUUGCUUUCCUGAUCCAAACGAUGUAGCACACUCCUCCUUUUCCCAUCGUGUAGAAUACUGCCUUAAACAGAUCUGUUUGGUUGUCUUUGGUUUUCUUAAUUUACCAUCAACUUUAUGCAUUAAUUUAUUUUUAAAAUGUGGUUUUUGGAAGACAUGAAACAUGUAUAAUAUUUUUUUAACAUUUCCAUUGCAGUAUUUAUCAUUGUUACUGGUUGUGUGUAGUGUAACAGAAUUAAUAUUAAAAAGCAUACAUAUGAAA